UCGCAUUGCAGAUUUAGAUAAUGGCCUUCCAAUUGGACGAUCUACUGAGGGACGACAAGAAAGACGCGAACUUGAUACCCGAUUUGAGUAAAUCAACUUGCAAUUCUUAUGAGGAAUUCCGGCGACUCAAGGAGAACUGUCCGGAGUUUAAAAUCAAACCGGAAAAGGUAAAAAGGGAGGACACGAAGGUCCGCGACAAAGAGUUUUCUUGGAAAGCGACCAAGAAGGAGCUCAAGAAUAUCGGCAGGGAAUGGGCUUACGGAGAUCCAGUCCCACCGGAUAUGAGGGGAUUGGACCUGCAGGAGUUGCAACAGGUCGCCAUCGAUUGGCGAAUGCUGACUCCGAUCAGACCGAAGCUUCGCCAAGACGAAGAAAUGUUCUCGAGACUGGUGGAGAUGGGCAAAUUAGAAGCGAAGACCGUAAUGAAGGAACGCCGUUCGCCAACGAGUCCUAUUAGACGAAGUAAGAAUCGCGCGGGGAUAAUCGAAAGCAGUGCGAAAACCUGUAGAGAUUGCGGCGAAGAAUACUGCUUUGGUGAAUUUUGCGGGGACGUCCUCUACGAUUCCUUCACGAGGGUGACGAUCGCCACCCACCAGUCCAAGAUCAAAAUAUCCGCGGACGCCGAAACGAUAAUCGCCAAUAUGGGCCGUAAAAAGAAGAAGAGGAAAAAGGGAAAGAAAAGGGUUAAGAGCAAGAACAGAACGUCCAGGAAAUCCGCCAGACUGUUAGUCAACGGCAAGAUGAGGAGAUCGAUAACGGAACUUGAAAGCAAAACUGCUAAAGCGCAAAACAGCGGAGGGCAAAGUGAGAAACCGGUUAAACAGUUCAAAAGGAAAUGUAGCAAAUACACGAAGAAAGGCCUUUUACGCAAGUAACAAUAAUUAGAAUAAUUGUUAAAAUAAAAAUAAUUGGGGAAAACCUGCAGAAAUUGUAUAUCUCCUAAAAGCAUCUUAUUAUAUGUAUUUGUAUAAUAUGUAAUCCUUAUCAUAUAAGUUUCGAGGAAUAUAAAAUAAAAUAUUGAUCUAAUAAAAUUAUAUAUAAAUGUAUACGGCAUAUGAAUAUUUGUUAAUCUAUUUAUCCAAGUACUUGGAUGAAUAAAUAAAAUACUUGGAUAAAAUUAAGUAGAUAAGGAUUAUACAAGUAAAACAUUUCAUUAUGUAUUUACUAAUGUAAAAAAUUAUCUUCGAGAAACGAACGAAGGAUAUUCAUUCGUUCAACUAAUAAAAGGAAAAAUAAAUUCGGCACUCU